AUGUCUUCCGCAGAGUCUGAGGGCAACCGCCAGCCGGGGCUCAUCACCCUUUGUGUCGUGAUGCUCAUAUUGGCUGUGGCCUCGGUCGCCCUCCGCUGCUGGUCCAUCUGGGGCUCGCCCACUCACAAGUUUGGUUAUGAUGACUUGUUUGCCAUCCUAACGUUGCCUUUUAUUAUCGCCGAAUCAGCCCUUAUAUUCUACUGGAUCUCUCUGGGAUUGGGUCGUCAUUCAGCCACAUUACCCAUCAGCAACCAACUCGAGGGCCCCAAGAUUAUCUUCGCCGCCGCCUACUUAUACGAUGCAUGCAUUACUUUUCCUAAAUUAUCGGUGCUCUGCUUCUACCAUCGAGUGCUCAAACGGGGAGGCAUCUGGGUCCGCCCUACGCUCUGGGCGGUCGGUACGCUCUGCGUUUGCUGGCUGAUCGGGGCCUGGUUGGCGACCACCUUCCAGUGCACGCCCGUUCAUGCCUCCUGGGAUCCCGUUCCCAACGCCAAAUGCUUCACGCAGUGGAAAUUCUUUACCGGGACUGCUGCCCCCAGUGCGGUCCUGGAUGUGAUCAUCCUGUUGAUCCCGCUGCCACUUCUCUGGUCGUUGCACAUGACCAAGGCGAAGAAGGUCAUGCUAACCGGCCUCUUUAUUUGCGGUUACUCAGUGGUCAUCCUGUCUCUCGGUCGCCUCAUUACUCUCCUCAAGGCCGGUUCUGACUUGGAAGCCGAUCUGACCUGGACCACCAUCGAAUAUAUCCGUUGGGUGCAGUGUGAAGGCCCGAUUUCUCUUAUGUCCGUCUGCCUCCCUAAUAUUGUGGAACUCGGACGCCGCCUGCGAAGCAGAAAUGAGCAACGCCGUACCAGCGCUUUAUCAUUAUCUGCAAGCAAGCAAACUGCGUCGGACUUGCUGUGUGGCAACCGAUCAUUCCGUCCCCUCGAAGAAGACAGAGAGGCCAUCCUCAUGGGCCAUUAUUCGGGGACUCCGAAAAGGCAUCACAAUAACACCACCAUCGAAGCAACGCGAUCGGUCUCGGAGUGGGAUAGUGUCUGA